AUGGACGACUUUUCAGCGAACUCCUUAUCGGUGAGGAGAAUUUCCGAUCCGAAGACUCAUUUCGGGGUCCAAGUUCGGAUGAGGGCUGACCUCUACGCCAGUGUUGAAUCGCCCCAAUAUGGGCGAUCUCCUUUUCGUACGAGACAAUCUCGAAUUAUCAACGACGAGCUCCUAGCAUCCUCUACGUUAUCCACCUGCACAGUGUUCAUAACUGGUCAUCACGCCGAUUCCAUGCAACCUUCGUCGGAGACGAACGUCAUAUUCAACCUCACUAGUACGACCACUGCCAUUGCCGAGCCAUCGUUUGUGAUGGCAACUGGAUCUUUCGAUUCACGUUCCGCUCACUUGGCUGAAAAAAUUCUCAGUCUCAUCAAAUGGUUUAAUAUCCCAUACACAUUCUGA